GCAAUGCAUUAUUUUGCUUUAACAAAGAAGGCUUGUAUUGAAGGUAAUUUAAAGCAAUUUAUAAAGUAUGCUGAGUUAACUGUUAGAAAUUUACCAAAAGAUUGCCCCUGCUUAUUGCAAAUUGAAGAUAUGAAAUGGUUCAAUAGG